CCACAAUUUGAGUAUGUAUGCAAUUGUUCCUGUCAAGGCUGAGUCGCCGACAGAGUCAUAGAUAUACACGAUGAACUUUAUAUACAGCGACACAGGCGAGCGCGGGCUGCUAUCACAAUAUCACCUACCAGUGUAUGAUUAUGGUCAUCAUGGCUGUACAAAACAUACGAUCAGACCAGAUUUCGUCCUGUUCCACCCACCGUCUGUGCAUUGGGAAAAGGAAGCGAGAAUCCUCCGUAAUUGAUAUCGCUACCCUGCACCCAGCAGAUAAGUGACAUAUCAGGGACGACAGGGGAUUAUUAUGGUGCGGGGAAUCUGUGGAGGUUCACUAUCAGCAAGUGGACAGAGUACAGCAAGAUAUAACAACACAACACACUGAAUGUCGGUACUUAGAUGAUGGUGAUAUGAUGCUUGCCUCCGAAAGGGCCUGUAUCAUGAUAAUUUCUAUACUAAGAAUCGGCGUAUCAUGUAACGAUAGGUCCUUGAGCACAUCAUUGGGGAGAGAACCCCGGUAGAGCCUAGCUCGUCGGUUAC